GAGCUCCCAAGCGAUGAAACAAUGAGAAGCGGGAACUCCAAAUAUGCUGGUUCCGAAGUUCCCUUCUAAUACAGUCCGCUCAGGGGCCAGUAGUUUGUAUUGCUGACUUUCAAGCUACAGCAAAGAAAUUAGCCAUACGAUGUUUACCCCACGCGAAUUUCACAGCCCGAUUUGGUGCUUUGCGGCUUUAUGCUUUCUACAGUUUAUAAAUUCUCUGUUGUCCCUCAAGCUGUCGGAAGCAGUUGGCGUUGUUUACCCACAUCUAAUUGAAGGACGGAACGAAGCCGGCGAAAUGGUUGUGAAACUAACAGAUGGUAUCACGUUGAACCUGGAGAAAAGCUCAGUAGUAGGAGAAGAGUUUUUGUUGCGAACGUACCAAGGUGACGUCAUGGAACACAACUAUCUGGACGGGCAAUUAUUGGAAGAAAACCUGUAUCAGGACCUCAACUUACAUGCCUCUCUAAUUGUGUCUGAAAGCAAUGGCCUGACUGUGGAAGGUAUCAUAGGUCAGAAAUAUGGCAUAAAACCUCUAGCUUCACAAGAAAGAACGACGCACGGGAACAUUCCUCAUGUGCUGUAUGAACUUACCGGAGAUGAAUACCGCGUGAAUGCAGUACGUAGGCCAGCAAGUUCCUUCGUUUCACCAAGGAAGAACUCAAAUCAAUGGCCCCCAGAAAAAAUAGAAGUAGAGCUUAUGGUUCUUGCGGACAGUGCUUUUCGAAAGCAAUUUCCAACAAAAAACAAGAUGCUGGAGUAUAUUAUAAUAGAAGUGAAUUCUGUGAACAUAAAGUAUCUAACAGUGUCAGAGCCAGAAGUACGGAUAAUUUUGUGUGCUGUGGAGGUUAUGAACCACAUAGCUGAAGAUCUUUUCUACGUACGUCACAGAUGGAAUAAAAUUAUAGCAUAUCAUACUCUACUGAGACUGGAAACGCACGUCAGAUACAAUUAUUCGAAAUACAGUUCCUACGAUGCAGUAUACGUAACAACAGGUGUUGAUAUGGGUGAAGAAGGGCUCAAAGGGACCUGGGACUCGGCUACACUAGGCAUCGCAUAUAUCGGAGGCGUUUGUUCAACCCAAAAAGUGGGCAUUGGCGAAGACAAAGCAGGCACGUAUAGGGGAGUUAGGGUAAUUGCUCAUGAAUUGGGACAUCUACUUGGAUGUCCCCACGAUAGUGAACGGUACCCUGGGUUCUCAUCGAGGCACUGUCCUUGGUCUGAUGGCUACAUGAUGACCUACCUUAGCAAUAGCAGCAACAGCAUGAAAUUUUCCAAGUGCUGCAACCAAGCGAUUACGUCGUUUGUUAUGACUACAAGAAGGACGUGUCUCUUAACAAGAACAGGAAUAAGGAACAUAAAGAAAACGUUUGAGACAAACAAACUGCCCGGAGACGUUGUAACUAGAGACGAGUUCUGCCGAUUGUCUUUUCCGGAUAUCGACGACAUUCGUUUCGCCGCAGACAACGGGACAGCAAGAUGUUACGCUUUUUGCUAUUCAAGUAAGAAGAAUGAAAUUUGGAAAACAAUUUUGCCGGAUCAUUCUCGGUGCAACGAGAGCAGUGUCGAAGGGAUAGAAUCAAAACGUAAAGUUUGCGUGAAUGGUGAUUGCAGAACGAUACGGCAUCAGUACCCUGUCGAAGUAGUUAAAAGACGGCGUUAAUAAAAUUUGAACAAAGCUUGCUCUGACCCCGUUGGGUUCCACUUGGGCUCGGUGCGAUAUAGCACUGGUUAACCGGAGCUUUUUUUUUCUGCGGGAAAACUCUGAAGCGUUAUAAUUUAUUUCAUGGUGAAAUUGUGAUGUAAGUGGUUGGCAAUGAGAAAGAAAUAAAGAUAAGAUAUUUGCUUUA